GGUCCGCAUUCGUAUAUGGGAAUGUACCUGCUUCAAGUUUCUAAUCAUGAUUUCCAAAUUCGUUUUGUCUUUUUCAACAUUCGUAGUUCUGACUAAUGCCGAAGAGUGCUUUGACAUUAACUAUCAUGCUAAGGAAUAUUCAAAAUGCUGUUCCGUUCCGUCUGCGUUACCUGAGGAACCAUUGCACAAGUGCAUAAAAGUAGCAGACGAGAAAGUCCCUGAUAGAGAAAUGGAAAGUUUCAUGGCCUGCAUCGAUGAAUGUUACCUAACAGAGAUUGGAGUUAUGGUUAAUCAAAGUAUUAAUUUGAACAAAAUCAAAGAAUACAUAAGACCCAUGGAACCAACUGCCGGGGAAAUUAGCAUGAAAGUUUGGGAAGUUUGCGUUGAAUUGAAACAUCAUCUUUUGGAACUUCAGAAGGGACACCAGCUGAAAUGUGACCCGUUUGCCACCGGUUUAAAAGCCUGUGUCCGAAUCACGACAAUACGUCACUGCCCUAAAAAUUAUUUCUAUGACCAAAGCAAGUGGUUCCUCAGUCCAAUAGGCAGUAGGUUUGUUAGAAAGUUCUAAUUUGUUCUUCUUUUAGGUGCCGUGUGUAGAAAAAUACGUUCCGGGGUAGAACUUUGUCCGCUCAAAAAUGGGAAUACGAGAUUUCAAAUUUAGAGUAACAGACAGAUUUUCGACACGGUACAUAUUUCUGAUCACUUUGCAACUUUCAUUUCUAGUAUUUCACUCAUAAAUCCAGUUAUUCAUUGGAAAA